CUGUGGUAUGUAGUUUAAUUAUCCAAAUGAAUCACAAGUGUACAUAAUCAUAUCCAGAUAAAAGCGUUCAUAUUAAGCAAAAGUUAAGGCAGAUCAUACAUGAAAUCUGGUUCUGUCUAUAUACUUGGUUCAAACUUUGAAACUGCACAGCAUGCACAUGGUCACAUCUUUCAACAAUUUCAAUACUGAAUUAGUACCCUGCAACCAUGGAAAAAAAAAAUUUAAUAAUGAACAACACCAAGUCAAAUAUGCAACUGUAUACUAACUCGUACUUUCCUAGUUCCAGGAGUAAUUUUCAUCGGGACAACUAUAUAAAGAGAUGCAUAUAUUGCAUACUUGUUCUCCUUAAAUAAAUCUUCUAAUAACACUCACUUUACUCCCAUCAUGUUAACCUUUAAGAAACACUCUCUCACAAUUACAAUCAGUUUACUCAUAAUCUUUGCUAUUAACAUUAUAUUCUGUCCCCUAGUGGUAGAAUCCUGUAAUGCUAUAGAUAAAGAGGCAUUACUAUAUUUCAAGCAUGGGAUCCAAAUGGAUGUGUGGCAAAAAUUAGCAACAUGGGUGCCUGAAACCGACUGCUGUGCAGCCUGGGAAGGCGUAAAUUGUGAUCCUGCCACCGGAAGGGUAGUUGAAAUUAUCCAAGUCGGCUUUUGGGAUGAAUUUGGCGUCGAAACUCUCAUGUUAGGUACACUCUCUCCUUUCCUUGGCAAUCUCACCUAUCUUCGCGUCCUUAACCUUAGAGGCCUGGGAGGGUUAAGUGGUCCAAUCCCUUCCCAGCUAGGGAAGUUGUCACGUUUAACCUCUCUUUCACUAACUUAUAACAACCUGAAUGGUUCAAUACCCGCUUCACUUGGUAAUCUCCACAAGCUAAAAUAUCUCUUCCUAGGCAAUAACAGCCUCUCUGGCACCAUACCCAACUCUCUUUUUCAAUCAUUGAGCUCACUUUCAAUAUUGGAACUUGAAGGAAAUCAAUUAACUGGCUCGAUACCUUCUUCCAUUACCAAAUUGAUUUCACUUAACAAGCUUUAUCUUAGCAGAAAUUCUUUCUCAGGUAAAUUUCCAAGUUGUAUUGGCAACCUAAAGCACCUCAUACAUAUAGAUUUGUCAUAUAAUCAUAUUUAUGGAAGUAUACCAGAUUCCAUAGGCACUCUCUCCCAGUUACAAGCAUUACUACUCACCUAUAACAAUCUUAGUGGAUCCAUACCAAAUUCUAUAGCUAAACUCUCUCUGUUGCAAGAUCUAUACUUAGAUCAUAAUGAAUUCACCGGAACCAUACCACAUACUCUAGGCAAACUAUCCAAACUGAAGAAUUUAUACCUUGAUGACAACAAAAUCACCAGAAUCAUACCAUAUUCAAUAGGUAAACUCUCCCAAUUGCAGAAUUUAUACCUUGACCAUAAUAGACCCACCGGACCCAUCCCUUCUUCCAUUGGCGGCCUUGUGUCUCUACAAGUCAUGGAUUUGAGUCACAAUCAAUUAACGGGCGUUUUACCACAUUCCAUAGGCAAACUCACCCAAAUCCAAAGAAUAGUGUUAGAGAACAAUAUGAUCACAGGAAAGCUACUACCAAAUAUCAGCCAUCUAACUGCAUUAUAUGAUAUCAUGUUCUCAAACAACCAAUUUGUAGGUCAAAUCCCUUCAAGUUAUGCCAAUCUUUCACUCAAUUCUCUACAAUUGUCCAACAAUAAACUCAUUGGCCCACUCCCUCAACUUGAUAAAUCAUUUAUUUACAAGCUAGACUUAUCCUAUAAUCCACUUGGGUUAACAAAAAUACCAAUUUGGGUGUUCAACAAUUCCAACUUCUAUAACCUAACAUUAGCCGGAACCGGGAUUAGAGGGCAAUUACCACAAUCGGUAUCUUCCCCAUAUAUAGCUCACCUUGAUUUAUCAAAUAAUCAAAUUACAGGAAAAUUGCCUUCAUGGAUUGGAAAAAUGAGUAUUCUGCAAACCCUGAAUUUAUCCAAUAAUAGAUUUAACUCCACCAUUCCUGUUCAAUUCAAAGAUCUUUACCAACUCUCAACCCUAGAUAUUCACGCAAAUAACUUCACAGGAUCAUUGGGAAUGAUUUUUGAUAAAGUAGGUUGGGAAUUCAACUCAAUUGAUGUUUCUAACAAUGCAUUCAAAGGUCCAAUCGACAAAAAUAUAGGUGACAAACCUGCGAUGAGAGGGGUUACUUCAUUGAUAUUGUCGAAGAAUCCGUUGGGAGGAACAAUACCAGUGUCGAUUGGAAAAUUGACGCAAUUGAAAGUGUUGAAGAUGGUAAAUAACCAGAUUUCUGGAAGAAUUCCUGAAGAAAUUGGGAAUGCUGAAGAAUUAACGACGAUUUUGUUAUCGAUGAAUAGGUUAAGUGGAAGAAUACCGAAAAAGGUGUUGAAUUUGAGGAAUUUGCGGGUGUUUGAUGUUUCAUGGAAUAAACUUAGUGGACAAAUUCCUGCACAUAACACCAGUUUUCCUGCUUCUGCAUUUUCAGCAAAUCUUGGCCUCUGCGGUGCUCCGCUCCCUCCUUGUAAGACUACGUAGGAGAAGAUGAGAUGAUCAUUGAUCAGUAGACAAUGUAGACUGUAGAGUGGUGAUAACGGAAAGAUACCCUUUUUUCCCGCUUAUUUUUAGUGAUUAUCUGAAAAAAUAAGUUUAGAUUUGUUCAA